AUGUUUGACUCAACGGAAAGAUUACCGUACAUUCCGCCACCAGAUUAUAGUCCGUUGAUUAAGCCGGUAAAUUCCAAGAAUAUUUACAACAAAAAUUCCAAACCAGAAAAACGUGUUUCUAUUGAUGCAUACGACGAAUUUGAACCUUCAACUAUUCCACAAAGCCGUGACGACCAUGGCCAGCCGCAUAAAUAUGUUCCGGUAAAUUUUAUUUAUUUUAGACGUUUUAAAUUUUUACUCAUUUUUAUUUUUAAAGUAGUUUUUUCAAGGUUUUCCAUAGAGUUAUUCACUUACUUUUUUUCCAGGAUAUUCGUCCAGGUCGCCGCUACAAAGUUGUACAUUCGUAUCAGCCCGAGCCUCAGUUCCCUCCUCGUGAUCCACAAGCGGUUCAACAAAGGGUACUUCAAAUGCUAAAAGAACAAGGUGUACCAGUAUUACCAUUCGCCGAUCAAACAAUAAAAGAACCCAUUGGACCAACAAAAGCUUACUUAAAACAUUUGAAAAAUCAUCAAAACUUUGACACAUUGAAGUCAUUUAGAAGCUGUGAUAAUUGUGUUUUGUGUAAACAGAUUCAAGGAGAGUUAGUGAGUAUAGAAAACAAGGGUCGACGGUAUGUAGUAUUUUUUGUUGAAAAUUAACGAAAAACAAUAAUGGUGUAUUUACAAUGACAUUUAAUUUCUUUUCCGAUAAUCAAAUGUACUCUAUGAAAACUCCAGCCGAAGGCUGGGGAGGAAGGAUUUUUUCCUCCCCCUCCUGCCACCAACUUUAAACAUUUGAUUAAAUAUUUUGAGUUGUUUCAAACAUUGAAUUAGUAUUUUUUUUGUUUUUAGGCCAACGUCAGCGACCAGAAAACCAGAAACAAGCAUUAUUAACAGCAAAAUAUACGAAAAUCCAUUUUAUCAUGAAAUUGCAAAUUUUGAGCCAAUCCAAGUUGCUGACCAAAUACACAUCAGACAACCGUCAAACUCCUCAAAAUUGUAAGUUUUUAUAGUAUAAAACGAUUUUUUUGCUAAAUUUGAACUAAAAAGUUUCAAGCUAAUAUUUUUUAAAAUUACGCUUGAAAUUAAAGCUCUAAAGAUAAUUACUCUUGUUAGUACCAAAAACCAAAAAUAAACUGAAACUACAUUACAGAAGUGUUGACGUUCCUGUACAAGCGAGACGAACAACGUUUGAACGUACAGCAAAGAUACGUCGUGAUAUACGGGCGCAAAGUCACCAACAACUUAACGUAUUCAAAGGAGAAUUUGUUAAAGUAAGACGAUACAAACGUGCUUUACUUAAACGAGACUAAUUAGGUUUAGGUUUAGUAGGCACAGGUUUAGUAGACUGAGGAAGCAUGGGCUUGGUAGGCUUAAACAUAGUAGGCUCAGGUUUAGUACAAAAAUGACGACAAUGUUGGUGUUAAAAGACUUCAUUUUAAUUCAGUUUCAGAUCAGCCAAUUUGAUCCAAAUUGGAGUUACUGUAUGAAUCGGCACGGUCAGAAGGGAUGGGUACCUACUAGAGAUCUAAACUUUGCAACAAAUUCGACAAGCUCAUCACCGAUGUCAACUUAA